CUGGACGGCCACACGAAGGUUGUCGCAAGGCUCUCUCUUAUCCCCACCUAUCCGCCGCCCGCCGGCCAGCCCCCAGCACCACCUCUCCGGCGAGAUGCUGACCUGCGGCCGGUACCUCUCCUCCGCCGCCGCUACCACCCCGUCCCUUUCCCCGCUCCGGAGCCUAACCUUCUCCCUCCUCCGCCGCCACCCUCUCCGCUUCCUCUCCUCCGCCUCCGCCGCCGCCGCUACCACAGUCGAGCCCGAGACGAAAGGUGCUGGCGGCGCCGGCGCGGUUGGUGGUGCCGGUGCCCUGAGGCCGCAGUGGAAGGCGGCGAUUGACUUCAAGUGGAUCCGGGACAACAAGGAGACCGUCGCCACCAACAUACUGAACCGGAACUCCGUCGCCAACCUCGACGUCGUCCUCCAGCUCUACGACCAGUACCUCGCGCUGCAGAAGGAGGUCGAACGGCUCCGAGCUGAAAGAAAUGCUGUUGCUAACAAGAUGAAAGGGAAACUGGAACCAUCUGUGCGACAAGCCUUUGUUGAAGAAGGCAAGAACCUGAAAGAAAGCCUUAUUGCGCUAGAAGAGGAUCUUGUUCAGCUAACUGAUAAGCUUCAACUAGAAGCACAAAGUAUUCCUAAUACCACACAUCCAGAUGUUCCCGUAGGGGGUGAGGAAAACUCUGUCAUCAGAAAGGAGGUAGGAAGUCAGAGAAACUUCGAUUUCACUAUCAAAGAUCACCUUCAGCUGGGAAAGGACCUUGAUUUGUUUGACUUUGAUGCAGCUUCUGAGGUCAGUGGUUCAAAGUUCUACUAUUUGAAGAAUGCAGCUGUUUUAUUGGAGAUGGCCCUUGUAAAUUGGGCUAUUGCAGAGGUCUCAAAGAAGGGUUUCACACCACUCAUAACUCCGGAGAUUGUAAGAUCAUCUGUUGUUGAGAGAUGUGGCUUCCAGCCAAGGGCCCAAAAUACUCAGGUCUAUUCAAUUGAUAACAGUGAUCAGUGCCUCAUAGGCACUGCUGAAAUUCCUGUUGGUGGCAUCCAUAUGAACUCUAUACUUCUUGAUUCUGAUUUACCUCUAAAAUAUGUUGCCUAUUCGCACUGUUUUCGCACAGAAGCUGGUGCUGCAGGUGCUGCCACUAGGGGUCUGUACCGAGUACAUCAAUUUAGCAAGGUUGAGAUGUUCAUAUUCUGUCGGCCAGAGGAAAGUGACAAGUACCAUGAAGAACUUAUUACCAUUGAAGAGGAUCUUUAUGCAUCACUUGGACUCCAUUUCAAAACUUUGGAUAUGGCAACAGGGGAUUUGGGCGCGCCAGCCUACAGAAAGUAUGACAUCGAGGCAUGGAUGCCAGGUCUAGAUCGGUAUGGUGAGAUCUCGAGUGCGUCAAACUGCACGGACUACCAGAGCAGGCGGCUUGGCAUCCGGUUCCGUCCAGCACCCUCAGAGCCUCCACCGGCGACAAACGCUAAGAAAGGGAAGGGGGGCAGCUCUGGCCCAACACAGUUUGUCCACACUCUCAAUGCGACAGCAGUAGCUGUUCCUCGCUUGAUUAUAUCCAUCCUAGAGAAUUUUCAGCAAGAGGAUGGAACCGUGCUGAUUCCGGAGCCGCUAAGGCCUUUCAUGGGUGGACUUGGCAUCCUCGCUCCAAAACCAAAGGGAACAGCAUGAAGGUCGUUAUGCUGUCAUUUGGACUUCUUUAGAGUGGACUUUGUAAAAGAUGAAAGUAGCAAGUGCCAAAAUGAACUUUUUAUUCUGGGAGAAGCUCAUUUUGAUUCUCUGUAUUUUUAUUUUUUUUGUAAAUUUCGACGCAUGUGCUAAUGUCGUACUAUGGAACUGAGAGAUGCACCCGGGCUAACAUGGUCCCAUUCUCACAGAUGUUUUUUUUGGUA